GGCCCCGCCCUCAGCUGGAGGUCUGACUCGCGCCUGCCCAGUCUGUUUGUCUCUGCUUUCUCCUUCACAGUGCCCCGAACAGCGCUGAGAAACUCUGCACACUCCGCCCCAUAAAUAAAGCCGCUCUCAGACAAGCCCACAUAUUGUGCACUGCUGCUGUGGAAACAGUGCCGGACUAUUUGCCAAAGUUUUCUAUUGUCCCUCCUUGCGCUUCCCUCGUCUGAAGAGACAUGGCAGAGAAAGAAGUGGCGGGUAAGGUGCAGCAGGACAAGACAGGAAAAGGCAAGCAGGCAGAGAACAAAGGCCACUGUGUGACAUGUCAGCACCACGCACCCAAGGGACAUGGCACAAUGGCUGUCCCUCCUGCAUACGCUGACUUGGGAAAAUCUGCCAAAGACAUCUUCAACAAGGGCUAUGGGUAUGGAAUCCUGAAGCUGGAUGUUAAGACCAAGUCCCAGAGUGGUGUUGAAUUUGCCACCUCUGGUUCCAACAACACAGAUACAGGGAAGUCGGGCGGCCACCUGGAGACCAAGUACAAAAUGAAUGAGCUGGGCCUCAGCUUCAACCAGAAAUGGAACACGGACAACACUCUCACCACAGAAAUCACCAUGGAGGACCAGCUGGCUAAGGGCUUGAAGCUCGGUCUGGACACAUCCUUUGUGCCCAACACUGGCAAGAAGAGUGCCAAACUGAAGACUGGCUACAAGCGUGACUACGUGAAUGUGGGAUGUGACCUGGACUUCGACAUGGCCGGUCCCACCGUCCACGCAGCUGCUGUGCUGGGCUACGAGGGCUGGCUGGCCGGCUACCAGUUGGCUUUUGACACUGCCAAAUCUAAACUGACCCAGAACAACUUUGCCCUUGGAUACAAGGCCGGCGACUUCCAGCUUCAUACCAGUGUCAAUGACGGCACAGAGUUUGGUGGCUCCAUUUACCAGAAGGUGAACAGCAACUUGGAGACAGCAGUCCACCUGGCCUGGACAGCUGGCAGCAACAACACACGCUUUGGAAUUGGAGCCAAAUACCAGCUGGAUAAGGAUGCCUUCCUGUCUACCAAAGUGAACAACGCCUGCCUUGUUGGAGUUGGAUACACACAAACCCUCAGGCCAGGAGUGAAGCUCACCCUCUCAGCUCUGGUUGACGGGAAGAACGUGAACGGCGGUGGACACAAAGUCGGCAUGGGUUUCGAGCUGGAGGCAUAAAAGAUUCAGCAGGAGGGCGGACAGGAAGAGAGAGAGAGAGAGGAAAGCAACACAGGAGAAGAAUAAAAAGCCCAAAUGUGACGACACCACAAAGGUCCAGUCAGAGGCAUAUAAACACACCUUCCCCACACACUGAGUCCUACACACUUAUGCACACAAAUACACACAUUCUUUGGCCUUAACCCUUAAAUCCCAAGCAGCCUCCAAGACCUCCAGUACUGUAAUUUUUAAAGAAAUCAAGCAUUAUUUUGUGUUGGUUAUUUUUAAAUUUUACAUUAUUUACAGGUCCCACAACCAACUUUUGAGCAUGUGUUAUAUAAAUCAUGCAAAACCCCUGUUCUCUAAAUAAUGUGCUACUCAAGACCAGUUUGACCAGACAAAGUGCACUUUUAACAGAGCAUUUGUCUAAAAGACGUAUCUGUAUUCUUUCUGAAAUGAAAUACAAAGCACCUUCUUAUUUUGACUGUGUGGUCAGGUAAUUUUUGUUCAGUUAUGAUCUGGGUUUUAGACAGUAUUAAGAUUAUUAGAGGACUCUUGUUUUGGUAUAUUGUGGUUUUGUUGCAUGCUUUUAAGGCUAGAGGGACGUUUUUUUGACUUCAUUGUCAUAUUGACCAGUACAGUGACUGUAAACAGAUGCAAUAAAAGCUGGAGAGAAUUAAGCAGAAAAGACAAAGAGCAGCUGAUCUUUCUCAGACUGAGUGGACCGACUUUGAUUCCACCACUUGACCUCAGUAACACAGUGAUAAACUGUGAACCUUCAGUUGCCUAAAUGUCUAUUUUUCAGGUCCUGUUUGGUAAAAAAAAAAAAAAAAAAAAAGGGCCGAUGGCAAUUUGGAGCUCUGUGUCACCUCUUUGUCUUGUCUCGUUUUGUGUCCUGUACCUGUUCAACCUUUCCCACUACAUUUCACUUUAUCUGUGCUGUGCUUUGUAUAGGAAAGUUAGUCGACAGUUAGGACCUCAAACUAAUUUUAUUGAAUUAAUGGAAUAAAGAAUGUAAAACUUUA